UUGAGUAUUCAACAACCACAGGCACCGUGCCCUGGUAAAACACCCAUACAAGUUCUACAUGAAUACGGAACCAAAAUUGGAAACCCUCCCGUGUACGUGAUGGAAAAGGCUGAAGGGGAGGCGCACCAACCCAGCUUCAUCUUCAACGUUACAAUAGGAGAUAUGUCCUGCACAGGUGAGUGAGUCAUCUUGCAACGUAGAUAGCUUGCUAUGUACAUUACACUCUACUUAGCUAGAGAAUUAGGGGGGCUUGUAUAAACAACAUGGACUUCAAAGUUAUAUUUAUGUUUGCCUCAUCCUCAAUAUGAUGUCAUUCUGUUGUUGUAUCCCAGGUCAAGGGAUCCAGUAAAAAAGCUGCCAAACACCAGGCCGCUGAGUCUGUCCUGAACCUUCUGGAAAUAGACACUGGAACACCGUGAGUUAACAUGGACAAUAUCUGCCAACAAGUAGCAUUUGCAACCAUUACAGCCAGUAACAUUGUUCACUUUUUAAGUCUGGUUUUCCCCCCACUGCAGCCUUCACUUAAAGAAGGAAAGUAACGGCAUCCCAGAAGAGCCCAACGACCAACCCAACUCAGUGGGGAAACUGCAGGUGUCUUUGUUAUUGGCCUGUUGUAAGACAAUAGGGCUGUGUAUUGUUGCAGGACUGUAGUCAUAGUAACACAUUUCUGUUGUCAUUGAGCACCGUCAGGGGAACAGAAGAAAAAUAGUCCUUAUGGUUAUGAAUAGAUUGCUUGUUUUCACAUCUUUGCUAAUAUGGAUUCCUCCACAAAGGAGCUGGCCCUGCAGCGGGGAUGGCGCCUCCCUGAAUACACUGUUUUCACAGAGGCAGGCCCACCUCACAAGAGAGAGUUCACUGUGACCUGCAGAAUGGAGGCGCUCACAGAGACUGGUAUGGUGAUUCCACUGUUAUUCUUUCUAAAUGUUUUAUCAUUGCAUUGAAAUAACAUAUUAGUUGUGUUUUAUUUGGAUUGGUGGAUUAUUUAAACACAUUCUACUUUCGGAAGUGUUCAUUUGAGUCAUUCAUAGUGCUGUAUGUCAUCCACAUGUAACCGAUAGCAACAGGAACUUCCAAGAAAGUGGCUAAAAAGGCAGCUGCAGAGAAAAUUUUGGCAAAACUUGUGUCUGGCUGUCCUGAAAUCACAUGGGUAUGUAGAAUAUUUCCUCUCUAUUUGGCCUCUUCACAAAGAAUGAUAAAACAUAUUUAGGGCAUUUUGUAAUCUAGAAUGAAUGUAAUGUGUAUUCUUUGACCAACUCAUUCCAGAUCCCAAAGCCCGGUGUCCGAUUGGAGAACUUGCGUAACUCCUCAGCAGAGAAGAUGUCUCUCCUGAGAAGGAACCCACUCAGUAUUCCCAACACAGACUACAUCCAGAUGAUGCUGGAGCUAUCCCAAGAGCAGGGCUUUGAAGUCACAUACUUUGACAUCGGUGAGUAGAGUUCAUCUCUUCCGUUUACUGACCGUGAAAUCACCAUAACUCUCAUAGAUGUGAACUUUGUCUGUUUUUCAAGAAUGGCUCAACGGGCCUAUUCCCAGGUGUAUUGUACAGUGUAGUGUGUCUGUGGUUCGCUUGGCAGAUGAGCUGACAGUGAACGGGCAGUACCAGUGCCUGGCAGAGCUAUCCACGUCACCCGUCACCGUAUGCCACGGCACGGGCAUCUCCUGCGGCAACGCACACAACGACGCCGCACACAGCGCUCUCCAGUACAUCAAGAUCAUGGCUUCCAUCAAAUGAACGAUCGUAGUUAAACGUCACAGAUGUUUCACCUGCAAUACAUAUUUAAAGGGUAGGAAGCAAGACUUAGUAACUUGGUUGUAGUCACGAUCUGGUUACCUAGAAGUACAAACAUAGUCAUGUGUUUGGGUUAUUACAUAUUUAUUAACUUAUUUUCGGAUAACUUCUAAACUACCCACAAUGCACUAUUGUUCAACUUCAUAUGGAGGAUCUAAUCUGUGCUACCCAAGUUUGUUAGCUGCUCAGUAGCUAGCUGAAGCUGGCAAACGUUAGCCACACCUCAUGCUAUUCACAGACUUUGUGCUUGUGUUAUCUAGAGGAAACCUGUUAGCAUGGCAGGCUCUGGUGCUUUCUUGCCGUGGGCUCAAAACAAAAGAGAAAAUCAUACCUGCUUUUUGUAGUACCUCGUCUGUUAACCUUUUUGCUUUCUUAACUUUUCGGCAUGUUCUCUGUGAAGUAGGCUACGGGAGUUUUGUAACUUUUUCCACCUUGGCUUAGUGCUAGUGCGCUAGCUGACUGACAUCUGGAAUCUAUCUAUUUAGGAUUUCGGCCCGUUGAAGCGCCCACCUCCCCCUUGCUUUGGUAGCUAACUUAGCCUGCACUCUUUUAAAAGUUUUACCAUCGGAUGGGUCCCAACCAUCAAUCUGUAUGUCUCUGCUCUCUCUUUGCUUUUAAUCUGCGGUUAUGUUUUAGUUGUGUUGUGUUCUAGCUGGUCUCCAGUAGUUGGGCUCUAGCUUGCCAACCAUAACCGUGGUGGUUGGCUAUGCUGGCUAGGCUAAUAGCUAGUUGGCUAAAUAGCUAAUGUUAACUGGCUGGCUAGCUUGCUGGCUAAGAUAACUGGUUAGAUGGCGUUAUAUAUUUCCAAACGUUGGUUUACUUUAAUGUAGCUGUAAACCAGGUGUUGAUAGCAACUGGCUGACUCAUUCAGUGCUAACAUAAUGUUAGCAGGCUAGUAGGGCUAACGUUAGCAGGCUAGUUGGCUAGCAACCGUGCAAGUUAAUUUGUAACAAUGAAUUCAUAAAGUAUUUUCUUGUAAGUUGGCUGAAAAUUACAUUGAAACCAGUAGUCUGAGUGCAAACGAUUUGGCUUGAUUUGAAUUCAUAAAUGUGAAGUUAUUUCAGUUGGAGUUUACAUUAUAGGGAAUAGGCUGGCUUGCUGGGUCCUCCAUAUUACAUCACAUUUGGAAAAAACAUUUUCCGACGUGAUUAUAGUAUUGUUCGGAAUUUUAAUCAGUUUUAUGUAAUAACUCCAAAGAUAGAAAAGUGAGGUAACUUUGCAUUGGGACUUUUGAUGCGUAUAAUAAUGCAAAUCCAUAUGUUACAUGUGGUUACGUUUAUGCUACCUAUCCUUUAAGGAAUUGAGGGGGAAAAAAUGUUUUUAUUCACAACUGAAAGGUGUAGCUAGCCUCCAUCUACCAUUAUGUUUUCACUCUUUACCCCAGGGUUCACUUUGUGUGGAAUUGGUUAAUAUUGAAGGCAGUAUUAAUAGAAAUCAUGACAUUCAGACAAAUCAAUCCAGUUGUUGUUUUUUAAAACAGUGACAGUCAACACCGUUCAUCACCUGUGGUGUCUGUCAGCCAUUUUUAAGUUUCUUUAAGAAAAGGAAAGAGCAGCGCUAGACAGUGAAAGCUAAUCCUGUGGAGUUUAUGUACUAUAGAAAAACAAGGACAAGGGAAUGGACACUAGUCUUGAGAAAGGCCUUGCUGCCAAAAUGUAGACAUGUCGAAAACAGUCUCCAUCCUAUCCCAUUGUCCUUGUUUUUCAAAAGCCACUGUGAGGACACGCAAUCGUGUAUUGAAUGAUAAAUGUAAAACUAUUUGCACUGAACAAAAUUAGUGAGAGGAAACUCGUUUGGCCUCGUUUAGUCAUAAGCCUAUGAUAAAAAAUGAAUUUAUCAAUGAAUUUAAUCACAUAUUAACGUAAGUCUGCCCCUCAUUUUUGACACAGGGAUAUUUUCAAAAUAAUGAAGCAGAUUGUCAAAGGUCAGUUGGAUAAAUUAAGUAACAAACAAAAUAUUCAGUACACAUUGGUAUUCUGUUUGAUAUACUAAAUGAUAUCUGCUUUAUUUAAUUGGUUAUAAUUUCUCUUUGCCAAGUCAAGAUUCAAUUACAUUACUGUGAAAUACUUUUCCAUUGCAAUAUUUCCUUUUCCAUAGCGUAUAUUAAUAACAUAGUCCAUUAUAACUUUUAGUUUGAUUUUAAAGUGAAGUUUUUGAGCUUUGGUUAACACCAUUAUAUUACUGUUUCUUUGAUAUUGCGUUUUAUUCCGUCAUACAGAGGACUCUUGUUUUGUGUAACUACCACAUGUAUUAACAGAGAGCAAGACCAACAGCAAGUUUAGUGUCAAAACAAAAACUGCUCCAAUUAGAAAAUGUUAUUUAGCUUGAAUUGUGCUCACAUUAUAUGACAGGAUAGAAAACUACAUGUCUAGAUUAUGAAAACAUGUAUAUUUUGUAAGUUAAUAGUAGCAAGAUGGCAUACUCAGAAACAUCGGGACACUCCUGAUUUAGACUUCAAGACCAAGACUGCCAUGAUUGUCUCUUCAUGCUACAAAGAGCCAAUAAUUGCAAUCUUGGUAGCUUUGAUGUUGAUGACUAAGAAGGUAAUCGCCCUGUUGUGAUUGGUGAUGUCAUCUUGCUCAGUCUACCUGUAAUGUAGCCUAGUUAUGUCAGCUGUGUAUGAUGUCAUGCUGCUGUGUAUAUGUGUGUUUGAAGGCUUUGAGUUUGUGUCUGUGCUGGCCUUCACACUGAGUGCAGUGAAAUGUUAUGGGUCUACUACUGCUAAUGAUUGGAUGAUUUUUACAACCGGAUUCCACCUUAUCCUGAGUUUCUGUCACAAAGCCUAGAUUGGGCGGUUUAAUCACAUUUUGGUUUCCUUUAACAAGGUGUGUAUUGUAAUGUUUUGGUGGACUCAUCCCAAGCGUGUGCUGUGUACCUGAACAUAUUAAUACACAAUUAUUAGAUGUGAAGUGGGACAGACAUGUUCAAUAAAUCUACUCGACAUUGGCCUCAUCCUAAGUUUAUUGUCCCUUUUUUAACAUUCAUGAAAAAUGUAGUUUUUUUCCCCUGACCAACAGGUAACUGCCAAAAUAAAGGAAACACCAACAUAAAGUGUUGGCCGCCACGAGCCAGAACGGCUUCAAUGCACCUUGGCAUAGAUUCUACAAUUAUCCGUUAGAGGGAUGCGACACCAUUCUUCCACGAGAAAUUCCAUCAUUCUGAGUUUUGUUGAUGGUGGUGGAAAACACUGUCUCUGGUGCCGCUCCAGAAUUUCCCAUAAGUGUUCAGGCGGCCAUGGCAUAUGGCUUACAUUGUUUUCAUGCUCAUCAAACCAUUCAGUGACCACUCGUGCCCUGUGGAUGGGAGCAUUGUCAAUCCUAUAGCGGCAUAGCCAUGGUAGCCAAAAUAAUGGCCAAAAUGAUGCUGUAUCGCAUUAGUGGAAACCGUGACUCUAACCCUUUUCUUAACCUUAACCUAAUUCUCCUAACCUGCUGCGAAAAGCCGCUCCUACUAGUCAAAACCGGCAGACCCACCCUGAGAACAGUCUUGGUUUCCACUAAUGUGAUGCAAUGGCCUGCCCAAUAUUUUUUCUACAUGACCCUAAGCAUGAUGGGAUGUUAAUUGCUUAAUUAACUCAGGAAGAACAACCCAAUAUACUUUGUAUCCCUCAUUUACGGGCGGCAGGUAGCUUAGUGGUUAAGAGCAUUGUGCCAGUAACCGAAAGGUCGCUGGUUCUAAUCCCCGAGCCAACUAGGUGAAAAAUCUGUCAAUGUGCCCUUGAGCAAGGCACUUAACCCUAAUUGCUCCUGUAAGUCGCUCUGGAUAAGAGCGUCUGCUAAAUGACAAAAUAAAAAAAAUAAAAAUGUACUCAAGUGUUUCCAUAAUUGUAUCAGUUACCUGUAUAUAGACAGUAGGCUGAUUGUAGAGGAGUGAACAUGAACUCUUCAUUUUGUUUUAUGUGACUGUAGUAAUUCAGUCCUAUCUACAGUCUCUGGGUCAACAUGGCAGCAGCAGCACUGACUAAAAUAAAUAAAUAUAUAUAUAUAUAUAUAUAUAUACUGAGCAAAAAUAUAAACGCAACAUGUAAAGUGUUGGUCCCAUGUUUCAUGAACUGAAAUAAAUGAUCCCAGAAAUGUUCCAUACGCACAAAAAGAUGUGUUGUGCUGGGGACAAUAAAAGGCCACUUUAAAAUGUGCAGUUUUGUCACACACAAUGCCACAGAUGUCUCAAAUUUUGAGGGCGCGUGAAAUUGGCAAUCUGACUGCAGGAAUGUCCACCAGAACUGUUGCCAGAUAAUUAACUGUUCAUUUAUCUACCAUAAGCUGCCUCCAAUGUCGUUUUAGAGAAUUUGGCAGUACGUCCAACCGGCCUCAUAACCGCAGACCACAUGUAACCACGCCAGCCCAGGACCUCCACAUCUGGCUUCUUCACCUGCGGGAUCGUCUGAGACCAGCCAGCCGGACAGCUGAUUAAACUGUGGGUUUGCACAACCGAAUAAUUUCAGCACAAACUGUCAGAAACCGUCUCGGGGAAGCUCAUCUGCGUGUUCAUCGUCCUUACCAGGGUCUUGAACUGACUGCAGCUCGGCGUCGUAGCCGACAUCAGUGGGCAAAUGCUCACCUUCCAUGGCCACUGGCAAGCUGGAGAAGUGUACUCUUCACAGAUUAAUCCCGGUUUCAACUGUACCGGGCAGAUAGCAGACUGCAUAGCAUGUAUGGCGUUGUGUGGACGAGCGGUUUGUGCCGAUGUCAAUGUUGUGAACAGAGUGCACCAUGGUAGCGGUGAGGUUAUGGUAUGGGCAGGUAUAAGCUACAGACAACGAACACAAUUUCAUUUUAUCGAUGGCAAUUUGAAUGCACAGAGAUACCGUGAUGAGAUCCUGAGGCCCAUUGUCUUGCCAUUCAUCCGCCGCCAUCACCUCAUGUUUCAGCAUGAUCUGUACACAAUUCCUGGAAGCUGAAAAUGUCCCAGUUCUUCCAUGGUCUGCAUACUCACCAGAUAUGUCACCCAUUGAGCAUGUUUGGGAUGCUCUGGAUUGAAGUUUACGACAGCGUGUUCCAGUUCCCGCCAAUAUCCAGCAACUUCGCACAGCCAUUGAAGAGGUGUAGGACAACAUUCCACAGGCCACAAUCAACAGCCUGAUCAACUCUAUGUGAAGGAGAUGUGUCACGGUGCAUGAGGCAAAUGGUGGUCACACCAGAUACUGACUGGUUUUAUGAUCCAGGCCCCUGACCAACAGAUGCAUAUCUGUAUUCCCAGUCAUGUGAAAUCCAUAGAUUAGAGCCUAAUUAAUUUAUUUAAAUUGACUGAUUUCCAUAUAUGAACUAACUCAGUAAAAUCUUUGAAAUUGUUGCAUAUUGCGUUUAUAUUUUUGUUCUGUGUAAAUAGCCCACAACAAAUUCUAGCAAUCCUGUACAAGAAUUCCUUCACUUGUUUUUGAUUGUGUUAUUCUUUAUUUGACCUUGGAACAUGUUUUAAAACCCCAGUGUAAUGCAAAUGUCAUUUAAAUAUGAAUAAUUGUUAAUAUUUAGACAAUUAUUUGUCAUAUAUGAAUUAAUAAUACAAGGUGACGCUUUUUUACUAUUAUGUGAGACUUUUAUUUAGAAAGAUUCCUAAAUUCCGUGACAGGUAAGUGAUUGGUUAGUGUUGCUGACAAGACGCCAGUUGAAAUCGGCAACUCCCCCCUAGCUAGCCAAAUUCGCCUGUUUUGCAGCACACCAAUUAUAUUUGCGCAACAGUAUACCCAAGAAAAUUCUUAACUAGUUAUUGUUAGCCAUGUCUCAAGACGGAUUUCAACCUACACUAAUAAGGACAACGCACAAUAACAACACGAGGUCUGUCAUGCUACCAGCUAGCUAGCUACGUCGGUUUGGUUUCCAUCCAUUUGAUGCUCUUUACUUGGCUAGCUAGUCAGCUAGCUUUAGUUUGCAUUAUUGUCAAGUUAAACGUUAUUAGUCGUAUCCUAAACAUGUUAUACACCGUCCAAGGAAAUGCUUACUUGCAGGUUCCUUCUCGACAAUGCAACAACAAUAAGAAAUAACUAUAGAAUACGAAAGUAAAUGGCGCAGUAGAAUAGAAUACACAUUUUACCCCAUAUACGGGGGGUUAUAGGACAGUAUUUAGACAUGUAUCAGAGAAAGGGGGGAUUGGGGGCAAGUGUUUAAAUUGUGCAGUAUUAGCAGUAGUAAGUAAAGAGUCUGAUAGCAGCAGUUGCGAUGUGUGUGUAGCAUGAAUGCCUAUAUGUGAGUGAGUGCAUGUGUGCUAAUGUGCGGAGAGUAAGUGCAGGUGUCAGUCCAGUUCAAGUGUAGAGCAGUCUGGUGGCUUGUAGAUAUAAACGGUCUCUGAGCCUGUUCUUAUCAGACCUCAUGCUCCGAUACCGUCUACCUGACGUUAAGGGAGUAAACAGCUCGUGUGUGUGGGGUCCUUAAUGGUGAAGCGGGACUUACUCAGGCACCGUUUCUGGUAGAUGUCCUGGAUGGGGUGGGAACACGGCUCCAGUGAUGUACUGGGCCGUGUUCACCCGCCGCUGGAGGGCCUUGCCGGCGUAAUGCAACCGGUCAGGACGCUCUCGAUGAUGCUGCAGUAGUAUUUGGAGAGGACCCGGGGUGACAUGCCGAAUUUCUUCAGACACCGAGGAACUUAAAACUGCUGAGUUUCCACUGCAGUCCCGUUGAUGUGUAUCUGGGCGUGUUCCCUCUGCCUCCUGAAGUCCACAAUCAACUACAUUGCUUUGCUGAUGUUGAGGGAGAGGUUGUUGUCCUGGCACCACAAUGCCAAUUCACUUACCGCCUCCCUAUAGGCUGACUCGUCAUAGGCCUGACAACAACCGUGGCGGUGUCGUCAGCAAACAUUGUGUUAAGCACUAGUGUGGAGGAGGUGGUGUUGUCAAUUCUCCCAUCCUGUGGUCUGCCCGUCAGGAAGUCCAGGAUCCAGUUGCAGAGGGUAGUGCCAAGACCCAGGGCUCUGAUCCUGGUGACGAGCUUGGAGGGAACAAUAGUGUUCAAUACUGAACUGUAGUCAAUGAACAGCAUUCUCACAUAGGUGUACCUCUUGUCCAGGGCCCUGUUUCCCAAAAGCAUCUAAAGGUUAAGUUCUUCGUUAGAACCUUCGUAUGAGCAUCGUUAAAUCAGAGUUUUUUCCCAAAACCAUCGUUAUUAACGUUGUACUUGAAAAGGCUCGUAAUCUAACGCCUGUCUCAGACCACUUGUAGAACAGCUAAGUGCGUCGUUAGAUGCUUUUUUUUUUGCCCUCCUACGUCACUUAUACACAGAAGAUCUCCGCUAAACAUAGAACCACUGGUUUAUCUGUCUCUCAGUGAUGCCGAUAUUUUCAGAACAAAGUUGACUACAAAGAAAGUUGCCAAUGUCUUUGCAACUGAUACAAACAAGCAACGUUUAAAAAUAUGCUUCAAAUGAAAACCGAGAUGACUGCAUAAAAAUGUAAACAGUAGGCUAUAGGCCUAUUUCAAUCAUAUUGAAAUACAUUUAAUGUUCAAUCAAUUGAGUUCUAUUUUGCUACUUGUAGGCUACUGUCAGUACUUUGUCUCAAUAUAUUUCAUGACGUGUAGCCUAACAUGUGCGCAAUGAUGUGCCAAAUCUGUGAUUUUGUAUUGGGUAAGCAUUAGAAUAAGCCACUUCAAUAUUUGCAGCUGUAGGUGGUAAUAUCUCUCUAGGUGCUGAAACGUAGUCAGUAUUGUGCAGUGGUGUAAAAAUACUUAAGUACAACUUAAGUAGUUUUUUUGGUAUCUCUACUUGACUUUAAUAUUUCUAUUUUAGACAACUUUUACUUCACUACAUUCCUAAAGAAAAUAAUGUACUUUUUACUCCAUACAUUUUCCCUGACACCCAAAAGUACUCGUUACAUUUUCAAUGCUUAGCAGGACAAGAAAAUGGUCAAAUUCACGCACUUAUCAAGAGAACAUUCCUGGUCAUCCCUACUGCCUCUGAUCUGGUGGACUCACUAAACACACAUGCUUUGUUUGUAAAUUAUGUCUCUGUUGGAUUGUGCCUCUGGCUAACCGUGGUUCGCUUAAUAUAAGACAUUUGAAAUGAUUUAUACUUUUUACUUUUGAUACUUAAGUAUAUUUAAAACCAAAUACUUUUACUCAAGUAGUAUUUUACUGGGCGACUUUUACUUGAGUCAUUUUCUAUUAAGGUAUCUUUACUUUUACUCAAGUAUGUUACAUUUUCGGCCGUUGUAGGAAAGCUGCAUUGUUAAAACACACCAAAGCCUAAGUUCCCUCGCCAACAGGAAACCGGGCCCAGAUGUGUUAGGGCCGUGUGAAUAGCGAUGUAAAUUGCUUCUUCCAUGGAUCUGUUGGAGCGGUAGUUUGAAGGCUAUAAUUAUUAGCAAUGCCCAAUUAGCUAGCUGUACUGUACUUCUCACAACUUGGGACUGUCAUUGGUUGUCAAUAAUAUAUAACAAGAGGUCUGUCAUGCUACCAGCUAGCUACAUCCAUUUGAUGUUCGACGUUAGCUAGCACGCUAACCCUAGAUAGCUACCUGGGUAUAAUUGUUAUUAGCAAUGCCCAAUUAGCUAUACGUACUGUACUUCUCACAACUUGGACUGUCAUUGGUUGCUAAAUAAUACAACAAACACAGCUAUACCAUUGAAUCCAAUGCAGUGACACUAAUGACUGUUCAUCAUGCUUUUUACGCAGCUUGAGUAUUCAACAACCACAGGCACCGUGCCCUGGUAAAACACCCAUACAAGUUCUACAUGAAUACGGAACCAAAAUUGGAAACCCUCCCGUGUACGUGAUGGAAAAGGCUGAAGGGGAGGCGCACCAACCCAGCUUCAUCUUCAACGUUACAAUAGGAGAUAUGUCCUGCACAGGUGAGUGAGUCAUCUUGCAACGUAGAUAGCUAGCUAUGUACAUUACACUCUACUUAGCUAGAGAAUUAGGGGGGCUUGUAUAAACAACAUGGGCUUCAAAGUUAUAUUCAUGUUUGCCUCAUCCUCAAUAUGAUGUCAUUCUGUUGUUGUAUCCCAGGUCAAGGAUCCAGUAAAAAAGCUGCCAAACACCAGGCCGCUGAGUCUGUCCUGAACCUUCUGGAAAUAGACACUGGAACACCGUGAGUUAACAUGGACAAUAUCUGCCAACAAGUAGCAUUUGCAACCAUUACAGCCAGUAACAUUGUUCACUUUUUAAGUCUGAUUUUCCCCCACUGCAGCCUUCACUUAAAGAAGGAAAGUAACGGCAUCCCAGAAGAGCCCAACGACCAACCCAACUCAGUGGGGAAACUGCAGGUGUCUUUGUUAUUGGCCUGUUGUAAGACAAUAGGGCUGUGUAUUGUUGCAGGACUGUAGUCAUAGUAACACAUUUCUGUUGUCAUUGAGCACCGUCAGGGGAACAGAAUAAAAAUAGUCCUUAUGGUUAUGAAUAGAUUGCUUGUUUUCACAUCUUUGCUAUUAUGGAUUCCUCCACAAAGGAGCUGGCCCUGCAGCGGGGAUGGCGCCUCCCUGAAUACACUGUUUUCACAGAGGCAGGCCCACCUCACAAGAGAGAGUUCACUGUGACCUGCAGAAUGGAGUCGCUCACAGAGACUGGUAUGGUGAUUCCACUGUUAUUCUUUCUAAAUGUUUUAUCAUUGCAUUGAAAUAACAUAGUUGUGUUUUAUUUGGAUUGGUGGAUUAUUUAAACACAUUCUACUUUCGGAAGUGUUCAUUUGAGUCAUUCAUAGUGCUGUAUGUCAUCCACAUGUAACCGAUAGCAACGGGAAAUUCCAAGAAGGUGGCUAAAAAGGCAGCUGCAGAGAAAAUUUUGGCAAAACUUGUGUCUGGCUGUCCUGAAAUCACAUGGGUAUGUAGAAUAUUUCCUCUCUAUUUGGCCUCUUCACAAAGAAUGAUAAAAACAUAUUUAGGUACAUUUUGUCAUCUAGAAUGAAUGUAAUGUGUAUUCUUUGACCAACUCAUUCCAGAUCCCAAAGCCCGGUGUCCGAUUGGAGAACUUGCGUAACUCCUCAGCAGAGAAGAUGUCUCUCCUGAGAAGGAACCCACUCAGUAUUCCCAACACAGACUACAUCCAGAUGAUGCUGGAGCUAUCCCAAGAGCAGGGCUUUGAAGUCACAUACUUUGACAUCGGUGAGUAGAGUUCAUCUCUUCCUUUUGCUGACCAUGAAAUCACCAUAGCUCUCAUAGAUGUGAACUUUGUCUGUUUUCAAGAAUGGCUCAACGGGCCUAUUCCAGGUGUAUUGUACAGUGUAGUGUGUCUGUGGUUUGCUUGGCAGAUGAGCUGACAGUGAACGGGCAGUACCAGUGCCUGGCAGAGCUGUCCACCUCACCCGUCACCGUAUGCCACGGCACGGGCAUCUCCUGCGGCAACGCACACAACGACGCCGCACACAGCGCUCUCCAGUACAUCAAGAUCAUGGCUUCCAUCAAAUGAACGAUCGUAGUUAAACGUCACAGAUGUUUCACCUGCAAUACAUAUUUAAAGGGUAGGAAGCAUUAGCUCUUACUCACCAAUGUAACAACACAGUGUGGUCAAAGACUUAGUAACUUGGUUGUAGUCACGAUCUGGUUACCUAUAAGUACAAACAUUGUCAUGUGUUUGGGUUAUUACAUAUUUAUUAACUUAUUUUCGGAUAACUUCUAAACUACCCACAAUGCACUAUUUCUCAACUUCAUAUGGAGGAUCUAAUCUGUGCUACCCAAGUUUGUUAGCUGCUCAGUAGCUAGCUGAAGCUGGCAAACGUUAGCCACACCUCAUGCUAUUCACAGACUUUGUGCUUGUGUUAUCUAGAGGAAACCUGUUAGCAUGGCAGGCUCUGGUGCUUUCUUGCCGUGGGCUCAAAACAAAAGAGAAAAUCACACCUGCUUUUUGUAGUACCUCGUCUGUUAACCUUUUUGGUUUCUUAACUUUUCGGCAUGUUCUCUGUGAAGUAGGCUACGGGAGUUUUGUAACUUUUUCCACCUUGGCUUAGUGCUAGUGCGCUAGCUGACUGACAUCUGGAAUCUAUCUAUUGAGGAUUUCGGCCCGUUGAAGCGCCCACCUCCCCCUCGCUUUGGUAGCUAACUCAGCCUGCACUCUUUUAAAAGUUUUACCAUUGGAUGGGUCCCAACCAUCAAUCUGUAAGUCUCUGCUCUCUCUUUGCUUUUAAUCUGCGGUUAUGUUUUAGUUAUGUUGUGUUCUAGCUGGUCUCCAGUAGUUGGGCUCUAGCUUGCCAACCAUAACCGUGGUGGUUGGCUAUGCUGGCUAGGCUAAUAGCUAGUUGGCUAAAUAGCUAAUGUUAGCUGGCUGGCUAGCUUGCUGGCUAAGAUAACUGGUUAGAUGGCGUUAUAUAUUUCCAAACGUUGGUUUACUUUAAUGUAGCUGUAAAGCAGGUGUUGAUAGCAACUGGCUGACUCAUUCAGUGCUAACAUAAUGUUAGCAGGCUAGUAGGGCUAACGUUAGCAGGCUAGUUGGCUAGCAACCGUGCAAGUUAAUUUGUAACAAUGAAUUCAUAAAGUAUUUUCUUGUAAGUUGGCUGAAAAUUACAUUGAAACCAGUAGUCUGAGUGCAAACGAUUUGGCUUGAUUUGAAUUUAUAAAUGUGAAGUUAUUUCAGUUGGAGUUUACAUUAUAGGGAAUAGGCUGGCUUGCUGGGUCCUCCAUAUUACAUCACAUUUGGAAAAAACAUUUUCCGACGUGAUUAUAGUAUUGUUCGGAAUUCUAAUCAGUUUUAUGUAAUAACUCCAAAGAUAGAAAAGUGAGGUAACUUUGCAUUGGGACUUUUGAUGCGUAUAAUAAUGCAAAUCCAUAUGUUACAUGUGGUUACGUUUAUGCUACCUAUCCUUUAAGGAAUUGAGGGGGAAAAAAUGUUUUUAUUCACAACUGAAUGGUGUAGCUAGCCUCCAUCUACCAUUAUGUUUUCACUCUUUCUCUCAAUAGAAAUCAUACCAUUCAGACAAAUCAAUCCAGUUGUUGUUUUUUUUAAAACAGUGACAGUCAACACCGUUCAUCACCUGUGGUGUCUGUCAGCCAUUUUUAAGUUUCUUUAAGAAAAGGAAAGAGCAGCGC